AUGUCUCAAAGUGUCUUCGUUUGCGGUGCCACUGGCACCCAGGGUGGGGCUCUUAUUGACCAUCUUCUCCAAACCGACACGCGCAUCUACGCCGUCACCCGAACACCCCACUCGAAGGCUGCACAACGUCUCAUCUCACUUGGAAUCUCGAUCACCGAGGGCGACUUUGACGAUGAUGAAUCCUUCAAAGCGCCCAUGGCCAACUGCACAACCCUUUUCCUAAACCUCAGUCCGAAACUGACGGACCUGAACGCAAGUCUCGAACAAGCACGUCGAGUUCUCCGAGCUGCCAAGAGCGCCAGCAUCAAACAUGUUAUCUACGCCAGUGCCGUAUCCGGUGAUGAUCCUCGCCGCCUCAAAGACUGGGAUCCAACCAGCAUUAUCAGCACCAUGAUGCUCAACAAACAGGCAAUCGAGAAUGAGGUUCGCACGGCGGGAUUCGAUACCUGGACCAUCUUACGCCCAGGCCACUUCAUGACCAAUUUCUUGUCUCCGAUGGCAAUGAUGUACCAGGGCUUCGUCGAGACCGGGAUAUUCACCACCGCCUACACCCCCAACACCGUACUUCCACUAGUCGACCCCAACGACAUCGGUAAAUUUGCCGCAGCGGCUGUCCGUGAUCCCAUCAAAUACAACAGACAGGGAGUUACGAUCGUCUCAGAACUUUUGGGCGUCGACGCCCUAAUCCAAUGCCUGUCUCGUGCCACCGGGAGGGAGUUCAAAAUUAUAUAUCUCUCGGAGGAGGAUGUCAACACACAAAAAGCAACCAAUCCCUUUAUUGCCGGUCAACGUAUGGCACGCAAUAUGUCGUCUCUGGUAGAUUUGGAGGAAGUCAAAAUCUGGAACAUCUCGCUGGGAACUUUUGACCAAUUUUUGCAACGCGAAAAGGCCAGAGUCAAUGAGACAUGGCUUCCAACUGCAUAA